CCUUGCACAUGCGCCUUAUAGGCUCUCAACUUCUUGCUUGGGAUCUCCAGCCUCACCGCGGCUCGAAAUGGACCCCAACUGCUCCUGCGCCACUGGUGGCUCCUGCACCUGCUCUGGUUCCUGCAAGUGCAAGGAGUGCAAAUGCACCUCCUGCAAGAAGAGCCGCUGCUCCUGCUGCCCCGUGAGCUGUGCCAGGUGUGCCCAGGGCUGCAUCUGUAAAGGGGCAUCAGAGAAGUGCAGCUGCUGAGACUGAUGUCGGGAAGGCCCUACUGGAAGAUGUAGAAAGAGCGACCUGCACAAACAUGGAAUUUUUUCCAUACAACCCUGACCCAUUUACUGUAUUAUUUUUUAUGAAAUAUGUGAAUGAUAAUAAAAUUGUUGACUUAA